AUGUCAUCAGAAUCAUCAAUUUCAUACGCUGCGUUGAUCUUAGCUGAUGCUGAGCAAGAAAUUACUUCCGACAAAUUAUUAGCCAUCACCAAGGCUGCUGGUGCUCAAGUUGACUCCAUCUGGGCCGAUGUUUUCGCCAAGGCUUUGGAAGGUAAAGACUUGAAAGAAUUGUUGUUCUCUUUUGCUGCUUCUGCUCCAGCUGGUGGUGCUGCUGCUGCCGGUGGUGCUGGUGCCGCUGCUGGUGGUGAUGCCGGUGCUGCCCCAGCUGAAGAAGCUAAGGAAGAAGAAGCUGCUGAAGAAUCUGAUGAUGACAUGGGAUUCGGUUUAUUCGAUUAA